AGUGUCUUCAUUUUGAGCCUAUGGAUGGUUUCAAAAUGGAUAGGUUUACUGGAUCAUGGUACGCCAUUGAAACGACGUUUGGAUAUACUCGAUGCGUAGGGUAUGAUUUUUACCCAAAGGAAGUCAAAUGUUUUAAACCUGUUACCAAUUACCAAUAUUUUUAUGGAAAAUUGGAGUUCAAUAAACCUUUAUUAUCAGACAUGACAUAUUUGGAUUGUAAUCUGGAUUAUUCGGAUCCUGACUUGAAUAGACCGUCUUUUGUUGUGGUCGAGACUGACUAUGUAUCCUAUGCGAUUGUGUUCAUGUGCUUAAAAAUGGUAACUGGAAACUUCAACCAUUAUGUAUCCAUUUUAUCCAGAACAGUGGACUUAGACCCGGAACUCCUAAAUUAUUUGAUGAAAAAAAUAUGGGAAGUAUCUAGAUCUCUAAAACUCAAACACGUUAACCACACGGACUGUAAUUAUCAGAGUCUCGUUGCAGAAAGUAAUGAUGAGAAUGUCAUUGACGACGAUAUCAAUCGACAACCUUACGUUACUGUGAGAUGGGUGGAACAACCUAUACCAGUGGGAGGCGUUUAA